GGACCAGUUCUACUCCAAACACCACCGCUGCGACACGUUGUCUGCUUGCAUCAAGACCACUUGCAUACAGACCACUUCUUUCACCAGAACCAAUUGCAUCAAAAGUACCUACUGUGUCACCAGGACCACUUAUUGUACCAGGCGUCGUUGCGUCAGGAACACUCGUACAAAGACCAUGGGGGUCACAUGCAAGGUGCUCCUGAACAGACCUCGUGUAGGAUUCCAUACACCCGGCGGACCAGUCAUUGGGGUUGUAAGGUACACAGUAGAUAAACCCACAAAGUUCACCGAAAUAGUGUUGUCAGUGAAAGGCGAAGGGAAAUGCAACUGGACUACCUCAGUCAACAAUCGAACAACCCACUACAGCGGAAGAGAGAAAUAUGUUGAUAUGAAAAAAAAGUUACAAGUGACAAAUACCAGUGAAACAGAGCUUGAAGUAGCUACUGGUGAGUAUGAAGAAAAUUUCUGCUUCUAUUUACCGAAUUGUAUACCGUCCUCGUACAAGGAUGGUGUCGGAUCCAUAUCGUAUCGGGUCCAAAUCAAGUUGGUGAGGCCCGGUGUGUUUCAGUUCAACAAAAAGUUCUACAGAAACAUCAUAGUUAGGGAAUACAGGAAUGCGAUUUCACCUCAAAUACCACUUCACGUUCAUUCCAAGAAAACUCUGUUCCUAAUGUUUAGUGCAAAGGAAGAAGGAAUAGUGACGAACUGUACCAUAAACAAAAGUGUCUUGCUUGCGGGAUUUCCAGCUGAGCUAAAUAUCUUUGUAUCAAACAACUCGACCGUCAAAAUCAAGAAAAUGAAUGCUGAGUUAGUCUCACACAAUGCAUAUACAUCCGGAAAUGGUUGCAAGAAGAAAAUCUUCAAGACUCACAAAUCUUGCAGUCAGAGCUCUGGAAGCAUAAAGAAAUCAGACAAAGCUGAAAUGUCGUUGACUCUACCUACGAAACCUGAUAUGGUGACUGUUCGGCAUUCGAGCGUUAUCUCGAGAGAAUACGAGGUGCAUAUAACGGCCAUCCUGCCCUUUCCACAUCGUAACCAAUGUUUGAAGAUCCCUGUGGUUAUCGAAACCCGGCGGGGGCUCGACAUGGUUGACGAAGCAACUCUUGAGAAUACGAAAAGCAGUAGUCAUGUGGAUUCAUAUAGUGCAGUAAACUAUCCAGAAACGCCACCACCUAGUUAUUGGAAAGUGAUGUGUGAAGAUAAAGAAAUUAAUCAAAAAUAAUGGCUAACUCUUAAUGAUAGUGUAACAGACUGUAGAUAGCUGUUUAGUAAACCAGAUUUGUUUUAAGUAAUUAUUGUGUAAGUAAUAAAAUUUAUUACCUAUAUAAAAUGUACAAUAAGUUAUUAUUUUUGUAAUGAAGUGAUUUUUAUACAAUAUAUAGGUCCUAUGAGAAGUAGAAACAGACUCAUACAUAUAAUUUACCUGCUAUACACAAUGAUAUUGUAACAUAAGCAGCUUGUGAAUACUAUUUAUCAAUCAUGAUGAUUAAUGUCCAAUCAUGCAUGGCGCUUCCCGCUACGUUUACUUGAAUGAGGAUAACACAAGUUGCCUAAUUUUCCUUCUAUUGGAUGUCCGAUAUCGUGGACCGGUUUUAUUUUAUUUAGUCUCUGUUGUGGUGCAAAGGCCCGUUAUUGUAUAUUUUUUUGGUUUGCCUUUUGGUCGCCAUUUUGUUUGCCUUGGGGUUGCUACUGCAAUAAAUAGAUUAUAAAAUUAGGAUUAUUAGCUAUCGACAAAACAACGAAAAUUUAAAAUAACUUGUGAUGCGGAGUCUGGUGGAGAAGACUUAGCAGAGAAGUGGUCGAAUCCUUGCUACAUAAUCCUAAAUAAAAAAGGAUUUAUAUUUGAUUAGUCUCUGAACAGUUCUGUCAGUUUUGUUUACUUUUCUAUUUGCUAGAGUUUAUUAACAUUUUAUUUUCUGAUAAAAUAAUAUGCAAAUAAGCAUGUAUUUCUAAAUUUCUGAGACACAAAGCGCAGUCUCUCUUAGUACUAUUAAGAUUUUCUGAUAAUAAUUUAACCACUUAUGAAAAUUUCAUGUUUUUCCAAAGUAUACACAGUGUUUUUUCCAUUGUUCUCCAAGAUUUUUGGUUUUAGCAACGUUGAGCCUGAGACCUUUAUCUGAUAAUGGGUGUUUCGUGUCAGUUACUAUUUCACUAUCCUACAGAAGGAUUUUUCAGACCCGGCUACUUUAUAACUGGGAUAGUGAAGUACACGGUCGACGAGGAUACUGAGUACAAGAACAUACAACUAUCACUAAAAGGCGAAGGAAGAUGCGAAUGGAAAGAGAAAAUUGCAAACACUGCCACCACCGCGAAGGAAAAUAUUCACUAUACCUUGGCGGGGCCCUACUUGAGCUACGAAGGAAAAGAAACAAUUCUCAAUAUAAAAACAAGCAUUUUGAACAAGGAAAACGGUAAAGGUGAUUCAGUGGUGGUGCCCGCUGGUCUGUAUGAGCACUCGUUUGAUUUCCAUCUUCCGCCCCAUCUCCCUCCAUCGUUUAAAGACAAGCAUGCCCUUAUAACAUAUUGCAUCAAAGUGAAAUUCUACCGACCUGGCUUCUUUAAGUUCACGAAAAAAUUCUACACGGAAAUUUUGCUGAAGGGCCUGGCAGUCCCCCCCGCACCCCCCGCGCCUGUUAUCUACAAAAUCGAGAAGACGUUAUUAAAACUGUUUUCAUCCAAGAAAAAAAUACACGUGAAAGCUGAACUACAAAACCCCCAGGCCAUUGCCGGGGAGCCAGCAGAAAUAAACUUUAACGUAUCGAAUGAAACUAAAGUGAUAAUACCCUGUAUUACUGUCGAGCUGAUUGAACGUACCAUGUACACCGCAUCUUGUGGCACGAAAAAAAAGAAAUACAGGACUAUCGGAGAAGCUAAAACGCCGAGCGUCGCUGACAAAUCAACUGCUGACUUGGUACUAUCAGUGCCUUCAUCACCGGAAAUAUUCAGCAUUCUGAACUCGAAAGUGGUGCAAAGGAAAUACAAGUUGAGAGUUACAGUGAAGUUGCCGCUACCAUACAUGAAUGCCUCAAUAAAGAUUCCGAUAGAGUAUGAUACAUAUAGGCAAAGAGCUCCAGUUCCUGCUAUAGAUGAGGUGAGUGAUGCCCCGCCGUCGUACUGGCAAGUCAUGGCUGAAGACCAUGGACAGGAGACCAGCAAAUAACAACCGAUUCAUUGGUAUCUUGCAUAGACCAAGCGAUUACGAACAGAGAGGUAUUUAUAUGAGUUUAUUGUAGAUAUCAUUGGAAGAUUGUACCUGACCUAAAACAUUCAAUAAACGGAUACGGUUAUACUU